AUGCCCCAGAGAAGACCUGAAAGAGGUGUAGAGGUGGAGGAGGAGUUUGGGGCGGUUCGAGGCGCCCGGCAGGUGGCCGACUUCGCCCUGAAGGUGGAGGUCGAGGUGGGCAGUCUGCGGGAGGCUGUGGAGGCGGCCGAGGCAGGCGCAGACCUCGUCCUGCUGGACAACUUCAGGCCCGAGGAACUGCACGCCACGGCCGCUGCGCUGAAGGCCCGCUUCCCGAGUGUGGGCGUGGAGGCCAGCGGGGGCAUCACCCUGGCCAACCUGCCUCAGUUCUGCGGGCCCCACAUUGACAUCAUCUCCCUGGGGAUGCUGACCCAGGCUGCCCCGGCCCUGGAUUUCUCCCUCAAGCUGUUUGCGGAAGGCGCCACUCCAGUGUGCCACGCCUACCGGACCUAAAGCCAAAGAGGGCGCCUCUGGCAGGGGAAUCACAGUUUCUUGGGCCCCUCGAGUCUGCAGUACAGGACUCUCGGGGCGUUAGCCUGGGCUGACGUCUGGCUCUGCCUAUGUGGGGG